UGAUAAACCACAAUCCCGACUACUCACUGACUGAGGAUUUGUUUGCAUUAUCCUGAGUACCCAGUAAACAGAGCCCAAGUAGGAUGUCACUGAAUUGAGCUGCGAGUUCGAUGGGUUGAAAUAGCGUUGGUUGACAGGGAUCAUCCUCUACUGCGUCACUCCCAAGUCACCCAAGUCAGCGAUCGAGGCCAACCUUGAAGACCUGACCUGACCUCACAGGACAGGCUCAUACAGGCACAGGGUCCCUUCCAGUACGUCUACGCGCUACUUGCACAGCAUUUCGCCAUACGGAGUAUACCUACUCGUAUCAAUGUACUAGGGAUUCUAAGCCCGAACACGCUGUUACUCACAAACCUGCGUCGCCAUCACGCCCACGCCUUGCUCAGCCGCGUUCUGCAUCGGACUCCCUCGUACAAUCACAGCAGUGUCGUCUCCAUCUCCGUCUCCGGCGUAUUUAAACAACUCAGCCGCCGAGUGUACUUGAUCCCCUACCGAAUACCCCUCGUCCUCAUCUUCAUCGUGAUUACUACGCCCAUCACAUCCAUCACGCCUAUCAAGCUGCGCCUCCGCCCCCCCUCUCACAGCAACCACAGUCCAGGUCAACCACGAGGCAGAGAACCGUAGUGCUUGGUUUGCAGCCAUCUCAGGUCCCGCGAGACCUUUCACCAGAGUUGUGCUUGCUUUACACCACCAGUGUCGUCUAGGUGUAGCUGUUGGCACAAACGCAACGCCGCCAACAAUCAUUCCCCAACUCCCCCCAUAUAGUCGCCCUCCCCAGAGAUAGUGCCUGUCCAGGCGAGCCUCUUCAAAACGGCUUUCCGGCUCCUCCGCGAUACUGGCCUGGCUGUAAGUCUCGGCUUGACAGCUUUCGCCGCCUACAACGGUCUCCAAGGAGCGAUGGCAGAUUCUAGAUAUGGCCGAGGUGAAGGACGACGGCUGGAUGCCCGUGAGAGAGAGGUUGUAUUUUGCCACCAAUGUCGUUCUGAGUGGUAUUUCGAAGACCAUCGCUUAGUAUGCCCUACCUGCGAAGGCGAGGUGACGGAAAUCGUAAGGACCUUGGUAUACUCCUGUCAUACUCCUUGAUAUCUUACUGACCAUCUCAGAUAACUCCAGAUAACGAUCCAAGACCAGAAAGCACGCCACCGAAUAUCCCACCGGACAUUCGAGGUCUCCAUAAUCACAACCCAUGGGAAGAAUCCAAUUCGGACCCCGAAGAGGCAGAUAUCGAAGAAUCCAUCACUCAUAGCCCACGAGGAGGCCUCCUCUUUACGCAAACUGUUCGCCACACGGGCCCUAAUAUCACUCGAAUAACACGCAGACAAUCAAUUCCACACAACCACGAGAACAACCCAAACCCAAACGAUCCGGCCGCUAUAAUGUCUGGCUUUCAGAGCAUAUUAACUUCAAUUCUGGCACCCUCCGGACUUGAGCCUGGUCAAGUUGGGAGAUCAGGUCGGGAGACAUUGUUCCCAGGAGAUCCAUUUGGUGGAGGAACUAAUUUCCAGUCCUAUAAUGGCCAAACUCCUAAUGGGCAGAGGUUCGUGGGAUCAAGAAUCACUUUUCACUCAGGAUUGCGACCUAGAGAUGUGAAUGGUCCUCAGCCUGGAGGGCCACCCAUUGAUGACAUAACUUCGUACGAUCCACCCCUCUUUUCGCGACUCCCUUCUAUCCCUCCCAGUGGAGGUUAUCACGUUGUUAUUUCUAGAAGAGACAGUCCUGACGAACCAACCAGGCUACUUGCAAGCAUGUUCGCUCCUAUGGGUGGCGUAAAUGCUCAUGAUCACGAUCAACACGAGCAUGCCCAUGACCCUAAUGAUCCUAACCAUCAUCACCACCAUGGCUUUGAAGCUGGUAAUGGAUUACCACAAGGUCUCCGUGGUCUCUUUCAAGCUAUGCUAAAUCCAGCAAAUGCAAGAUCUGGAGAUGCUGUUUAUUCCCAAGAAGCACUGGAUCAGAUCAUUUCAACCUUGAUGGAGCAGCACCCAACAUCCACUGCUCCCGGUCCAGCACCUCCAGAUGCGAUUGCAGCUUUACCAAAGAAGAAAUUGGAUGAGAAGAUGCUUGGCCCUGAGGGAAAAGCCGACUGUCCCGUGUGCAUGGAUGAUGUUCAUUUAGGCGAUGAGGUUGUCUCUUUACCAUGUUCGCAUUGGUUUCACGAAACAUGUGCCGCAGCAUGGCUAGGUGAACACAAUACUUGCCCAAUAUGCCGAAAAGGAAUCGAUCGUGUGGAUGAGGCUACGACUUCCCACGGCCGAAGAGCCAGCGCUAGCAAUCAAUCAUUUGGAACUGGUCAGCGAACCCAUAGAAUGAGCUUUGGUGCCAGAGAGAGACUAAGCAGAAGCAAUACCACAGGUGGCAGAAGCGAGACCGAGAGAAGAAACCAGGAAGCCAGGUUAGACGCCAUCCGCAAUGCUGGAAGACUAACACCAACUCAAGAAUCUCUGACGGAUCCAGUCCCCCGUCCUAGUUGGUCAAGACGCAGUUCAAAUUAUAGUUUACUUUCAGCCUCGGAACAACGAACUCGAGAAGAGCAUGCACGUAUCCUUUUGUUUCCGAGACCGAGAUACCAUCGUCAUGAUACAGGAAACUCGCGAAGUAGUAGGGAUAGUGAGCAGAGAGCUCAGAGACGUAGCUCCGGGCAAGCUUCCCCACGAGGUUCCGAGUCUAGAUCUGAGGCUGGGACUGGGGGUGCUAGUGGACCUUUAUCAUGGAUUCGAAACCAACUUCGAGGGAGUGGUGAUAGGAGACGA